AGGGACACUAUCCGGGGAGGAAAAUUAUUUCACGCACAUCUGAGAUUCUAAGACCUCCGCGAGCGGGUGCAUGUGCGCGUUUUACCGGACUGGAUGAAAAUGAUGCAAAGUGCGGCUGUGUUGCCCGGCGAGAGCGCGGUGAAGGGUCUGCCGGACAUCCUCGGAGUGCAACUGCAACAGAUCCCUCAGUGUGCAAGUUGCAGUCAACACAUCCUGGAUAAGUUUAUUUUGAAGGUGCUGGAUCGACAUUGGCACUCAAAAUGUCUCAAGUGUGCCGACUGUCACGCGCUCCUGGCAGACAAGUGUUUCUCUCGCGCGGGGAAUGUCUACUGCAAAGAAGAUUUCUUCAAACGUUUUGGGACAAAAUGUGCAUCGUGCCAGCAGGGGAUUCCCCCGACGCAGGUGGUCCGGAAAGCUCAGGACUUUGUGUAUCACCUUCACUGCUUCGCCUGUGUUAUGUGCAGCAGGCAGCUGGCCACCGGUGAUGAGUUCUACCUCAUGGAGGACGGGAGGCUCGUGUGCAAGGAGGACUACGAAACAGCCAAACAAAAUGAUGAUUCAGAGACAGGAGCAAAACGUCCACGGACCACCAUCACAGCCAAACAGCUGGAGACGCUCAAAAGUGCCUACAAGAACUCACCUAAGCCAGCACGACAUGUUCGUGAGCAGCUCUCCUCCGAAACAGGCCUGGACAUGAGAGUGGUGCAGGUGUGGUUUCAAAACAGGCGAGCAAAAGAGAAACGGCUGAAGAAGGAUGCUGGGCGGCACCGCUGGGGUCAUUUCUACAAAAGUGUCAAACGCAAUCGAGGGUCCAGUAAGACAGAGAAAGAGAGCUCAGCCGAUGAUGCAGGACUCAGCGAUAGUGAGCUUAGUUUCAGAGAAGACCAGAUCCUGUCAGACCUUGGUCAUGCUAAUGGCUUGUAUGGAAGUGUCGGAGACAUCACGAAUGGCAACAUGCUCAACGGGAGCUUCUCCUUGGAGGGGGGCGGGCAGCCUUACCAUGACCUGCGGGCAGGAAGUCCCUACGGCCUGCCACAGUCCCCCUCAUCCAUCACUUCCCUCCCAGGCCACACCCCCCUGCUCAACAACUUAGGCUUCAACAUGGACAGCAUCAUGGGUCAGGGCAUUCAGCCCAGCGUAGGUCAAGCUCUGAGAGCAAUGGCUGGGGGACCCACCUCUGACCUGUCGACAGGAAGCAGCACGGGCUACCCAGACUUCCCCACCAGCCCUGCCUCGUGGCUUGAUGAAAUGGACCACUCCCAGUUCUGAGGGCAAAGGUCAUAAUGGAAAUUGCAGUACUAUAGACAAGAAAUUUGACGAUUUUAUAGACAUCUUUCCCAGAAUUGGUGAUAUUUGUGUGGCAAGGCCCAAAACGUCACCUACUUUAACACGGUGGCUUGACCUUGCUGAAUGGUGCGCUGAUACGAGAAACCCACCGUGGAAUGUUUGCGCUGUAUCAUCAUUUUGUAAGUCAUAUUUUUUCAUCGUUCUCAAAACUGGAUUGGAUGAUUUCCAGCAUGAAAUUGUGUGCAGCUGCGAAUGGCAUUCAUACCCCAGACCACCCUGGAAAAACAAUCACAAUCCACCACGUUUUUGAGAACAAGAGGGUCCAUGCAUGUUUCUGAAUGAGGAAGAGAACCGUCCCACGAUGCACUUUACUGUAUGUUCCUCCUCGACUGCACACGGCAGGCUGAUUACGGGAAAUAGAGGAGCGCACCGAACAAAGACUGAUAUUUAAACAAGUGGCACAAGUGUACUGUAUCUUUCCUACUUACAAGGGUUUGGGAUUUUAAUGGUUGAAACUUUCUA